AUGAGCCGAGCCCCUUUAUUGUCAACCCCCAAGCCUGGAGACGUCCUCACCAUCUACCUCUCCGUCUCGACCACAAUAGUUAGCUCAGUGCUCAUCCGACCACAUGAAGGUGCUGAACAUCCAGUGCACUAUGUUAGUAAGGCCCUACAAGAUGCAGAGGUUCGGUACUCAGAUAUUGAGAAGCUGGCCUUUGCUCUGGUGGUGUCAGCCAGACGCCUCAGACCAUACUUCCAAGCAUAUACCAUUCAUGUCCUAAUCAACCAACCACUAAGGGAGGUAUUACAGAAACCAGAGACUUUUGGUAGGCUGAUUAAGUGGGCCAUUGAGCUUGCUGAGUUUGAUAUCCACUAUAAACCUCGCCCAGCUACAAAGGGACAGGGAUGUGGGGCCGGCCUUGUUCUCAUCUCCCCAGAUAAAGUCGUCAUUGAAUACGCCCCCCGCUUCAAAUUCCACGCCUCCAACAAUGUCGCUAAAUACGAAGCACUCUUAGCUGGCCUUUGGCUAGCCAAAGAGAUGGGCGCUAAACAAAUCCAGAUAUGCAGUGACUCCCAACUCGUCGUUCAUCAAGUCAACUAG